AUGACGAGUAUCAUCAGAAGAAGGCCGUUACACUUGACGGCGGCCGUUCUGUUUCGGCUUGUUCCGUUAUCUCCCUUCUCAGGAAGUUCUGGUUCCGUCAACUCGGAUGCGACUCGUUACCCUGAGUUAACUCGAGUGCCGAGUUUAGUCGAGGGAUGCGAUUACAAGCACUGGCUCGUGCUCAUGAAGGCUCCCAAUGGAUACCCAAAUCGAAACGACAUCGUCCGAAGCUUUGUCAAAACCUUAGCCAUGGCUCUAGGGAGCGAAGAAGAAGCUAAGAAAUCCAUGUACUCUGUUUCGACAAAGUACUAUUAUGCAUUUGGCUGCAGAAUUCAUGAGCCUUUGACUUAUAAGAUAAGAUCUCUUCCUGAUGUUAAAUGGGUUUUACCAGAUUCAUUUACAGUGGAUGGUGAAAGUGGAUAUGGAGGAGAGCCGUUCGUAGAUGGGGAGGUUGUGCCAUAUGAUGAGAAGUACCAUGCGGAUUGGCUACGAGAUCAAACUAAUGAGGAUGGUGAAACCAGAGUAGUCACAAAGAAGCCUAGGAGGAAAAGGAACAAGAAGUCUAUAUAG